GUCGUUGUUUUGUUGUGGAACGUCAGCUAACGGAAGUAUCACUGGGACGACGGGGAGCGAGCAAGACUACCUUGUUUAUCAUUAUAAAGAUGGAGGUGGAUCAGCUGCUGUCUCUAUCUGGUUCUGCUUUGGCUCAGGCUAUCAGUUCUUUGUUGGAGACACCUGGACUUUAUGUUUUCUCAGACAUACUGGAGUUGCCCAACGUUCGAGAGCUGGAGGUGGGCCCUCACGCUCCCGUCUAUCAGCUCCUCAAUCUCUUCGCAUAUGGAACCUAUUCUGACUACAAAGAGAGGGAGGCCUCUCUCCCUGAACUUACCCCAUCCCAGAAGAACAAACUCCGACACCUGUCGAUCAUCAGCUUAGCUUCCAACCUUAAGUGUCUGCCGUACUCGCUGCUACUGCAGCAGCUGGAGCUGAAGAACGUGCGUGAGCUGGAGGACCUGCUCAUCGAGGCUGUCUACUGCGAUAUCAUCCACGGCAAGCUGGACCAGCGCAACCAGCAGGUGGAGGUGGACUUCAGCGUAGGCCGCGACCUCGGCCCCAAUGAGCUUCCCAACAUAGCCAACACGCUGCAGGAGUGGUGUGCGGGAUGUGAGGCGGUGCUUUGUGGAAUUGAGGAGCAGGUCUCCAGAGCUAAUCAGUACAGAGAGAGCCAACUAAAGGUCAAAGUUCAAGUGGAGACUGAGGUGUCAAACCUACAGAAAACACUGAAGGCUAGCUCUGCUUCUCCAUCGUCUGGGCCUGCCCCUGGCGGUGCAGCAUCCAAUCAAGACGCGGAUCAACCUGCAGAGCCACGAGACCCCGCCUCUUCUCAGGAACCACGACAACCAGGCAAAAAGAGUUCAAAAGUCAAAGGGCUUCGCGGGAGUGGCAAGAUCUGGUCCAAGUCUAACUGAGCGCAGAGGCGCAGAAAGAUCCGGACCGAGGCUACGCGUUACAGGCUCCCUGAUGAACUCACUCACAAACCCAGGACAGACAAACACUGGCAGACAGCUGGAUUUACAUGCCCAGAAGGACUAGUGAGCAGAUUUCAGCUUUCUCAGAACAAGGCUGUGCAGACAUCAUGUAAUUGCAACAUUACCAAUACAAGCUCCUUGUUGAAGACUGUGUGUGAGUGUGUGUGCACGCGCGCACGUGUGUGUGUGUGUUUGAGCAAGAGAAACCGCGUCCCAGUGUAUGUGUGUAUGCUUGUGCUGUAAAUGUUUUAGCUUAAUCCCUAUUCAUUUUCCUUCUUGGAGUGUUUUGAGUUUCGUUAAUCCAUAAUUAGGAUGUAAAUUGAUAAAGGAAUAAACAUUUUCCAUCUAUCACCA